UCCCAAAAUUCUUGAGUAAAACAGAAAGAACGAUAACACAAAAUUCAGUUCAUUUUAGCAGGCAGCGGCUAAAAAUCAGCACUGAAAAGCAACAGUUUAAUCUUCCUGCUCAGCUUCUACUGCUGAAAACUUUUCCCACCGGUUUCCUAAACUUGUCCGGUCCCUUCUUGUUUGAAACCGAUUAAUGAGGCGGCUAAACUCACUAAUUGGCUACUUAAUUGGCCCCUGUCACCGGGCGCGCUGCUUCCGCUGGCUUUUAGCGCACCGCCACCCUCCUUUCUUUUCUCAGAAAUUACAAUCCCACCUUGUCACAGCGAUUUAGGGUCAAUCUCUCACACAGGAAGGUGCUCUCGCGGAGGACCCCCCCGCCACCUCUGGAUCCCCCUCUAUCAGUAUCUCCCUCCCACUCUAUCUUGGUGUUUUAUGUCUGCGUCACAACAAGUCGGUAGAGAGCGAGAGGCAGGGAUGAUGGCGUCUCUGGCGGCUUGAUUCCGGUGCUGCUCUGACAAACCCGCCUUAAUAGCAUCAGUAGGUGGUGACGGAGAGGGGGGGUUGAGAGCAAAAGCGACGGGAACAUGACGAAACGGCACCGCGGAGGACGGACAAACUAGACUGAGAGACGGACGGACAGUCAGUCCCCCCUCCUCCUCCUCCUCCUCUCCCUCCUCGCUGACGGCUUGACUGACACACACAGGCGCUUGGCACAGACAGGGACAUACAUGCACAUCAUCCACUUUUUGCAAACACGCAGGCUGCGCAUCCGAGCUGGCAGUAAUUGGGCAGCGGAGACCCACAGCAGAUGAGGGCAUUUCAUGUCCAGCCUGUCCAGGAAUCACUGUGACCCCGACGGAAAGGAGUUCGACUUGACAGGAUGGGGGGAGUAAGUGAAGGAGAUGAUGUGUUGGCUCGAUGGAGUGAUGGACUACUGUACCUCGGCAAUGUGAAAAGAGUAGAUGGAGUGAAGCAGUGUUGUCUGGUGAGAUUUGAGGACAACUCUGAGUUCUGGGUACUGAGAAAGGACAUUCACUCGUUUGCUGCUGGAGUGGAAGAAGUUUGCUGUAUUUGUGACGCUCCGCCUCUUAAAGAACCCCUCAUAAAUUGUCUUAAAUGUCGCCACGGUUAUCAUCCGGAGUGUCACACGCCAACCAUCGAACCGGAAGCUGACAGCGAUUCGUGGAUAUGUCGGCAAUGUGUCUUUGCAGUCGCAACCAAGAGAGGGGGGGCCCUCAAACGGGGGCGCUUUGCCCGGCUCAUGCAGUUUAUGAAACUUCGGCUACCCUAUCAGCUGUCAUCCCUGGACUGGGACCCACAGCACCUGACCAAUCAGCAGCAGUGUUACUGCUACUGUGCCGGACCUGGAGAGUGGAACCUGAAGAUGUUACAGUGUGGCAGCUGUGGUCAGUGGUUCCACGAGGCCUGCACGCAGUGUCUAACCAAGCCUUUGCUGUAUGGGGACAGGUUUUAUCAGUUCCAGUGCUCUGUAUGUACAAAGGGACCAGAGACAAUCCAAAGACUCCCCAUGACUUGGGUGGAUUUGGCUCAUUUAGUACUCUACCAUCUCUCGCUGUGCUGCAAGAGGAAAUACUUUGAUUUUGACCAUGAAAUCCUGUCCUUCACCAAUGAGAAUUGGGACUCGUUGCUGCUAGGCGCGCUCUCUGACACGCCAAGGCAAGACCGCUGUCACAAUCUCCUCAACGCUCUGAACUCCCACAAGGACAGGUUUGUCUCUGGAAAGGAGAUCAAGAAGAAAAAGUGUCUUUUUGGGCUUCAGGUUCGAGCCCCUCCACCGCUGACGUCCGAUUCGUCGCCGCUCAUCACCGACCCACCUAUCAACAUCACGCACCGGAGAAGGUCAGACCCAUUGUCGCUACCCUGCCAGAGGAGAGUGGGGGGGCCAGAGUCACGUAAAUCAAAGCGUCGCAUCAUGGAGACACAGGCAUGUCCACCCCCAGUAGCUGCCAACCCUAUUGAGCUACUGCCAUGUUGCCAUGGCUACAUGGGUGGGGCCAGCCUGUAUAACUCCAGGAAGUCAGAGGAGGAGCUUAACCUGAGCUCUCCUCCAAAACGGAUGUAUGCCCUAUACCACACCACCUACAAUGGGAACUCAACACUCUCCAGGAGUCUCCAUCACUACAACAGCAUGGAGGACAACUGCAGGUUACCACCAACAUACUUCCCAUACCCCCUCAAUUCCAACAGCAACCAUCACCACAACCACAACCACCUCCACCAGCACCAUCACAACCACCAGCACAACCACCAACAUCAACACCAGCUGGGGCAGAAGCAGCUGGAGCCCCUCAUUCUACGUGACUUACCUCCUUAUCAGGCUGGCAUGGGUGCAGGAGGUGGUGUAGGCGGAGGCGGAGGAGGAGGAGGAGGAGGAGGUGGCGGCGGUGGUGGAGGAGGAGGAGGAGGUGGCGGCGGGGCACCGGGAAUGGGAAUGGGAGGUGGGGACGGAACAGUGGCCAGGAGCUGGGGAGGAGGGGAGGCAGUGAGGAUCCUGGCGAGACGAGUCACACCUGACGGGAAGGUGCAGUACCUGGUGGAGUGGGAGAACGUGAGUUUGUACUGAGACAAAGAGCGUAAACUAGAGACACAAUGACUGUUUUGCAGUUGUCACAGAACUGCUGUGUAUGUAAUACGUGGCAGUGUUUAAAGUACAAACAAAACAAAAAGGAAAAAAAAAUUCUACACGUUGCAAAUCCAGGUUGCUCUCAUAGCAUCACCUCUAAUUCUACAUCAUUAUAACCUCACUACUUGUUACUAAAUGUCCCUCUUUGCUAGUGUUUCUCUGAUAUUUGUACUGUUAACUUUGGAAUAUGCCUUUGCAUUUAUCAUCUUUUACAAUGAUGAGGGAAAAUGUGUAAACCUCCUGAUGAUUUUAUCUGUGUUUGGACCACAUUAAUAUUUGUAAUUAAAAGGCCACGCUUAAAAAGAAAUAUCUGAAAUUUCAACAUUUAACAGUCAAAAACCCCCAAAUAUACUUAUUUUACUUUGUUCUGGUUCAGUUUUGUGUUGAAACCUAGUUAUCACAAAUAAAAGAGUGGAGUUAGAGUCACUUUAGACAAAAAGCAGAGAGAAACAGCUGACCUAGAUCCAUCCUAAGCUCAUUAAUUUAAAUGUUAUCGCUGGCAUGCUUAUUUUAAGAUUUUAUGGCUCAGUUUUAGGAACCGUUUGUGUUGGGUUUAGCUUCAAAUGUAAUGUACAAGUGCAAAAGUGACACCUGUCUCUUCUCAACUACACCUAAGUAAGAUGGUAAAUACCGCUUUUCUGUGGGAUGUCCACAGUAAGAAAACAACAAAGCGUAUUUCCUAAAAUUUGGAACUAUUUCUUGGCAAAAAACCUACAAUACACCAUUUAAUUGUUCCUGCCCACUAAAUUAGAAUAAUGUACAAUACAGCUUGACUCGAUGCACAAAAUGACAGGAAAUGUGUAAGAGAACAGGUAGAAAAAGUAUUACUGUGAUAAUAAACAAGAAUUUGAUGAUUUACCAGAAACGAGAAUCAAAUUUUGCCAAAAAGUGAAAAUUGUUUUCCGCUUUGUUAACAGUUUGACCAUAUUACUACAGGCAGGUCAUGAGGACGAGCUCAGCCACUAUUUCACACAUCUAUUUGAUUUGGCAUGUCUCAUAAAAUAUAUAAAUGCGGCGUGCUAUUUAAACUGGUUCAAGUUGCCAAUAGUUGCAGUGCAUCUGCAAGCUACUUUGGAACCCUCUUCCAGAGUCAGUGUCAUAUCCGUUAUUAUUAUUGUGUAUACUUUGCUUCGUCUCACUGCUGCUCCAUGCUGCUAAAUAUAAAUGACCAUAGACUAAAAUAAGAAUACUCUGAACUAUACUUUAAUAUUUAGAUAGUAUGAUGUGAUGAUGAUUCAUUAAUUUGAAAAUAUUGUGAUUCUGACAUCUUUUUAUUUUCUGUAAAAUGAAAAUUGCUUCUUUUUUUAAAAGAAUUUGGACAUCUGAGGACUACAAUCACUAAACUGAUAGAGCAGGCCCCAUAAAGUUUUACUACAUUUAAUUACAAAACUCUAAAAAAGUUGUGACACUGUGUAAAAUGUACAUGAAAACAAAAUGUAAUGAUUUUCAAAUCUCAUAAACCCACAGUUGUUUAAACUGAGACAUUUUACUUUUCAUGAAAAAAAUGGCUCAUUCGGAAUUUGAUGUCGGCAACAAGGGUUAAAAAAGUUGGGAUUGGGGCAAAAAAAGGUUUGAAAAGUAAGUGUUACUAAAAGAAACAGGGAAACAGGUUGAGGAACAUUUUGCAACUAAUUAGGUUUUAAGUGGCAACAGCUCAGUCACAUGUUUGGGUAUAAAAAGAGCAUCUUAGAGAGGAAGAGUUUCUCAGAAGAAACGGGCCAAGUUUUCACCAUAUAUCUAUAUCUAUAUAGAUAUAUAUAUAAUUUGAAAUCUCACUGAAAAUCAAUAUUGGUUGACCGCGAUCUUCAGGCCCUCAAGUGACACUGCAUUAAAACAGGCAAGAGUCUGUCAUUGAAGUCACAGCAUGGGCUCAGGAAGACUUCCAGUUGAAAACAUUUGAUAUGUUUGCAACUGGUAUGAAAAAGAACAGUCAGGACUUUUGGUGAGCUAGAAUUCUAUAUCAAACAAAAAUGGGAUAUUAUUCUUCUCCUGGAAGUCCAGCAACUGGCCUCCUCAGUUCUUGUUCUUCACUGUUGAUAAAAGAAGCGACGAUGCCUCACAGUCAACAUCGUCCCAUCUUUUUGGACAUAUUUUGCUGCCAUUAAAUUCAAAAUAAGCAUAUAUUUUUCUUAAACUAGUAACAUUUUCUCAGUUUAAACCAGUAUGUGUAUUAUGCUUUCUAUGUUCUGUUGUGAAUAAAAUAUGGGUUUAUGAGACUUGCAAAUAACUGGAUUCUGUUUUUAUUUAUAUUUCACAAAGCUUCCCAAACUUUUUGUACUUUUUACAGCUCACAAACAUUUAUCAAGUUAUUAACAGCAUUUGCUACUGAUAUCCAAGAAAUGAGACGUCAAGCUUCCAUCAGCUUUCGCUUUUCUAAUUGCUCAUUCAUCAACUCGUGGUUAAUGUUCACGUGGAGUUCAGCGAGAAAAUGAGCCCAGAAUGUUAUCAGAGACGAAUGGCCCUCUCAUCAGUGAGAGGCAUUAUGACAGCCUGCUGGUGGCUGCUGGCUGUGCAUGAAAAAGCAGUAACCUUUUAAUGGACACAGUACUACAGACGGGCUUAUAUUUUGGGCUAUGUUGGGGGGAGUUUAAUGCCUCACUGACGAGUACGUUAUUGAAGGAUUUGACUUUGGCUCUAUAAACAACAAAUUCUCUGGAGGUUUUCAUGUUUUUUUUUUCAUCACAGUAUGUUAAUAAGAGAUUGUAUACAUGUUAUUAUGGGGAUACUUAUUUGUUAUGUUAGAUUUUGUCACACAUAAUUUACAUUUAGACUACUGUUAUGUCUUAGAAAUAGGAGCCACAAGAGGGCUUUUGUUUUAUAGAUAGAAUUAUAUAUUCACAAUAUAUUGCUAUGAUGGAACAACUUUAUUUUAUUUAUUUUGAUGUGGUUGCAUAGUGCCUAUAUAGGGUGUGUACCUGCCGAUUGGUCUGCUCGACUGGGUUGGCCAAUCAGACGGUGAAAAGACACGAAUGAGUCCAUACUGAUACAAGUGAAGGCUCGUUGUUGACACAUCCAACAGUACCUCAAAGGUUUGGGGUUCCCUUAGAUAAUGCAUGAAUUUUGAGAAGAUUGUGAUAUUAUAUAUAAAUGCAACCGAUUGGUAAUGUUAUCUGUGACAAUUAAGGGAAUAAUCGAUCAUUAAUAAUUUAUGUUUUAUAAUAGAUAAUCUAUGUAGAAGUACAGUGGUAAGUUUUCAGUGUCACUCCUAUCUUCCAACAACAUCUACACAAACUCAUAAAUCACUUAUGAUGAGUGAUUUCAUUCAUCCUUAAUUGUCAUUUACAACAUAUGCUCAAUCUUAUGCUGUAGGAAAACCCCCAACUUGGAGUACUCAAAGUGACCCCCAAACCUUUGUGUACGAGUGCAUAGACGGACCAGUUACGCUGCUGAAGAGAGUUUUUUAAUCGAACAGGACUGUGAUGUUACUGUACAUUCCAAACAACAAAACAGUAUAUAAACACAUUUUAGCAAAGCAUACAUUUAAAGUCAUCACAGUGGAAUUAUUUGAAAGAAUUUUCUUUUCUUUUGUCUGUUUAUGAUGGGACUUAAAUGUCAUAAAGAUCAGCUAAAGGCGCACCCACUCCAAUACUGUUCACAACAGUACAGGUAAAUAAGACACUCCAUACUAAAACCAUAGUUUUCUUCCAGGGACUAACAGUCUAUGGUUUAAAUCUAAAACAAGGCAUUAAGCACGAAUGCAUCAGCUGAGGCCUGACUACUCACGUCCCAUCUACUUAAAUAUGUUUAUGGAGGUGAAGUGGAGCUGCUGAAAGUUGGAUUUUAUCUUUGUGCAAACAGGUUACAUAAAUCUAGAAAACUGUUGUGCGGGUUUCAGAGUUUAUAUUUUAUACAGAGGUUUAUUUCAGCAAUCUGUUUGAUAAAACUUACACAACAUGCACAUUUGUCAGUUCUAUCUUUUAGAGAAAGACUGCGUUACAGGUUUAGUUAAAAAUAAAAAGACUAGUACAACAUUUAUGCAGUUAUAAUUGAUGCAAAAUGCUCAGAUUUUAUUUAAAUAGCAACCUCUUUGUUAUAUUAGCUCCUGUCCAGUAAGACAAUAUUGCAUUGCAAUUCUCAUCCUCCUCAGUGACUAUUUGACUGUAGUUUAUUAGGGAGGAGUGUGUUGAACCUUUCUAGGCGAUGGUGAUGAAUGUAUUUGUGUGUUUUCUAUGGUAUGUCUAUACCCGUCAAGUGCUUGUUAUAGGUUGUACUCUUGGUGGAAAUCAACCAGAUUAGUUUAAAACAAAACAGGAGGAAAUAAAACAUCUACAUUGAAGAAAAAAAACCAUUUAUUUUGGGAGACGUGGUCUUCUUUUUCUGAUUAGUAGUCAAGUCCAAGUUCAGUUUUGAUGUAUUUUUGAAGAAAUUACAUUUGUACAUGUAUACUCUGCGUUGAUACACCUAAUAUGUAACAUGAAAAAUAAAAAAGUUUCACCUCUCUGUUGCACUGUUCUAUUGAAAAACUUAAAAAUAAGUUGUCCUGUUAGGUGUCGGUCCAUCAGAAAGUGGUUCACAAGAUAAAUGCAAACCAGGAUUAAUUGGUUUGCUGUCAUUAUUUUCCACUAUCAAAUUAAUGUGUGUUUUACUUUCCUGGUUGAAGGUCAGAGAAGGAUAAAAACCCUAAUUUUCAAAUUUCAAAUUAAAAGAUCCAGAUUAGCUUUUUCAGACUUUUAAAUCCUUUAAACAUCUUUUGUGAGAGGGAAAUAAUCAAAAUUCAUCUUUUUAUUUGUCUGACAGAUCAUCACUGAGAUUACAGAGGGUGCUAAUGUAUGUGGUUCCACGAUAUAUAUGUACUUUUGUCGAACAGCUGCAAA